AUGGCACUGCAAAUGAAUGUGCAGUACAGAUUCAUGAUAAUGUCACCAAACACUUUUUGUCAACCCCCCUCUCUUCUUCUUCUUCAUUCUUCUAGGAUUCGCGUUUCACCCAUAUUCCCAAACUCUUCCUGCUCCAUUGAUCAUAUAUUGUCUCCUGUGUUUCUUUCAAGGACCAUGGAACCUAGUGCUAUGGAUAUCAUCUCGGCCAUCAUCGACGGUAAGCUAGACACCUCCAACGACCUGGUUUCGAUGCUAUUGCAGAAACGGAACUACGAGAUGGUGCUGACCACUUCCAUAGCGGUUUUGAUCGGGUGUGUGGUCUUUCUGAUGUGGCGGAGAUCCCACAGUUCAAAGUCGAGGCCCGUCGUGCCACUCAGACCGUUGGAGGUUGCGGCCCCGAAGGCGGAGGUCGAUGAUGGUAAGACAAAGGUCACCGUCUUCUUUGGCACUCAAACUGGUACCGCUGAAGGGUUUGCCAAGGCACUAGUGAAUGAAGCAAAAGCACGAUACGAGAAGGCGACGUUUAAAGUUGUUGAUUUGGAUGAUUAUGCCGGCGAUGAUGACGAGUUUGAGGAGAAGUUGAAAAACGAGAAAUUGGCACUUUUUUUCUUGGCUACAUAUGGGGAUGGUGAACCAACGGACAAUGCCGCAAGAUUUUAUAAAUGGUUUGCAGAGGUACAAGAUAAGGGAGAAUGGCUUCAAAAUCUUCAAUAUGGUGUGUUUGGCCUUGGGAAUAGACAGUAUGAACAUUUCAACAAGGUGGCGAAGGUGAUAGAUGAGAAGCUUGGUGAGCAAGGUGGGAAGCGUCUUGUCUCAUUAGGUCUUGGAGAUGAUGAUAAAUGCAUAGAGGAUGACUUCAAUGCAUGGAAAGAAUUGGUCUGGCCAGAAUUGGAUCAGUUGCUUGGGAAAGAGGAUGGUAAAACUUUAUCUACCCCUUAUGCUGCUGCUAUAUUGGAAUAUCGGGUUGUGAUUCACAAUCCAGCAAAUGUACCUUCUGAGAUCAGUCAUAAUGCAAAUGGUCAUGCUGUUGUUGAUGCUCAACAUCCAUGCAGAGCAAAUGUGGCUGUGAGAAGGGAGCUUCAUACUCCUGCAUCAGAUCGUUCUUGCACUCAUCUAGAAUUUGACAUUUCUGGCACUGGAAUUAGAUAUGAAACAGGGGAUCAUGUGGGUGUUUACUCUGAGAAUUUAUCUGAAACUGUGGAAGAAGCAUUAGGAUUACUAGGUCUGUCACCAGAUACCUAUUUUUCCAUCCAUACUACUGAAGAAGAUGGGACACCACUUAAUGGCUCCCUGCCACCUUCAUUCCCUCCCUGCACUUUAAGAACAGCGCUGGCUCGAUAUGCAGAUCUUUUGAGUUCACCCAAAAAGUCUGCCUUACUCGCCUUAGCUGCCCAUGCUUCUGAUCCAUCUGAAGCUGAUCGACUUAAACAUCUUGCCUCUCCAUCAGGAAAGGAUGAAUAUGCAAAGUGGGUGAUUGCAAGCCAAAGAAGUCUCCUCGAGGUCAUGGCUGAAUUUCCUUCUGCCAAGCCCCAACUUGGUGUCUUUUUUGCAGCAGUUGCUCCUCGCCUGCAGCCAAGAUAUUAUUCAAUUUCAUCUUCUCCUAGGAUGGCUUCAUCCAGAAUUCAUGUGACCUGUGCAUUAGUUUAUGAUAAAAUGCCCACUGGAAGGAUGCAUAAGGGAGUUGCUUCAACUUGGAUAAAGAACUCAGUGCCAUUGGAGGAAAGCCAGAACUGCAGUUGGGCUCCAAUAUUCGUUAGGCAGUCCAAUUUCAGGCUCCCUGCAGAUUCUAAAGUGCCUAUAGUCAUGAUUGGUCCUGGUACCGGAUUCGCUCCUUUCAGGGGUUUCUUGCAGGAAAGAUUAGCCCUGAAACAAGACGGAGUGGAACUCGGCCCAUCUGUUUUAUUCUUUGGUUGCCGCAACAGGAAAAUGGACUUCAUCUAUGAAGACGAGUUGAGCCACUUUGUUGACAGCGGUUCACUUUCUGAGCUGGUUGUUGCCUUCUCUCGUGAGGGACCCACCAAGGAAUAUGUGCAGCAUAAAAUGAUGGAGAAGGCUUCAGAUAUUUGGAACAUGCUAUCUCAAGGAGCUUAUGUUUAUGUUUGUGGUGAUGCCAAAGGCAUGGCUAAGGAUGUACACCGCACUCUUCACAUAAUUGCUCAAGAGCAGGGUUCUCUGGAAGGUUCCAAGGCUGAGAGCUUUGUGAAGGAUCUGCAAAUGACUGGAAGGUAUUUACGUGAUGUGUGGUGAUCAUACAGACAUGGGUUUUGAGACGAAGCUUGAAGGAGUGAAUCUGGGAUCCUUAAAAGGGAUUUUGAGCUUGCUGCUUUUUCACAGGAGCUAACUUUAUAAUUCUUUUUUCGUUAUUUUAAUAAAAAUUCUUUUUUUUUUUCCUCUUUGUCACUUUCAUACAUGAUAAUGUAAUUCAGUUCCAGUUUUCUUCAUGUUUUCGUAUCGUAUGAGCCUCCAAAAGGUUCUGAGACAAAAAAGCAUCGCAUCCCCUUGUAAUUACCGCAAAUUUCUUUAUAUAUUACAUCGGUUUAUUAUUUAUUAUAAGUCAUGAAAAUUAUAUGAA